GUCAAAGUCAUACAAGCUUAAUUUAUACGUGUUUAGGUAGCUACCAAUCAUCAGUUCAGAUUUAGAUAAGUAUUUACUUUUAUCAGAGAUGUACGAAUCAUUCUGACGCUUAAAACUAAUUGUUUGUCAUAUGUGAUGACAUACAAACUAACGAUGAAAUAUUGAUUAGUAUUUAAUCAGUUGUCUAUUCUACUAAUCUGUUCCAAGCAAAAACACUCCAUCCUAUUGAUUUCUUUAUAAAAUAAGUGCUUAUUAUCCUAAAGUAUAAUAUUGAGUCACUGCGGUAUGAAUCAAAGAUUUUAUCAAAUCGAUUUCUGAUAUAAAAAUAAGGUACUCAGAAUAUAUAUGGCUGCAUUCUGACUUGAUUCUCUGCAUUUGUCAGUAAACAUCAAACGAUGAGGGCUGUAUUUUCCCUUAUCCUAUUGGCUGUUGCCGUCCAAGCUGUUCCAACAUGCCCUGUAGUCGAUGGACCUAGAUCGCAGUAUAUCCCACAUGAGACGAACUGUUCCCUGUUCUACCAGUGUUCAAAUGGAACGCCUUAUCUGAAAGUAUGUCCUGCCGGACUAUACUUCAAUCCUAAACUAGAUGUAUGUGAUUAUCCACGGAAUGUUGACUGUCACAACAAAAAUGGAACUACAUCAACACCGUGGCACGUAACCACCUCUACUCCAUGGAACUCAACUACAUCUAAAUCAUGGAAUGUAACUACCUCAGCACCUCAGAACGUAACUACCUCUGUUCCAUGGAACGUAACUACAUCUGUUCCAUGGAACGUAACUACCUCUACUCCAUGGAAUGUAACUACAUCUGUUCCAUGGAAUGUGACCACAUCUGCUCCAUGGAACGUAACUACCUCUACACCUCAGAACGUAACCACCUCUGUUCCAUGGAACGUAACUACCUCAGCACCUAAGAACGUAACUACCUCUGUUCCCUGGAACGUAACAACAUCUGCUCCAUGGAGCGUACCUACAUCUGUUCCAUGGAACGUGACUACAUCUGCUCCCUGGAACGUUACUACAUCUGCUCCGUGGAACGUAACCACAUCUGCUCCAUGGAACGUAACCACAUCUGCUCCGUCGAACCUAACUACUUCAGCACCUCGAAAUGUAACUACCUCUGUGCCAUGGAGCGUAACUACAUCAGCACACACAAAUGCCACAACUCCAUCAUGGACCACAGCAUCAACAACCUCAACAAGUUCCACUUCAAAUCCUGUGACAACUUCUACAACGCCAAGAUCUACAAGUGGUACUACCUGGACUCCUACUAAUGCAACAGAAACUACCACAAGAAGCGCUCCAACCAAGCCUACAAGAAAACCAUGCCCUCACCAUCAUUCCUCAGAGUCUUAUUCAAAAUCUAGCUCGUCUUCUUCAUCAUCAGAUUCAUCUUCAUCGUCAGAUUCAUCUUCAUCACGAAGCUCAUCUUCUUCAUCAUCUGAUGAGUCCAAAUCCAAGAAAGACAAGCACCACAAGCAUCAUAAACAUCAUUCCAAAGAGCACAAGGACCACAAUAAGGACAAGUCAAAAGAAAAGAAGCAUCAUAAGAAACACCACUCUAAGGAACACAAACAUCACGGAAAGAGCGUUGAACUUGCAGAGGAGUUUGUAUCCAUGGACAUCCUGAAUUUGAAGCUUCAGUCAAAGUGCAUAGAUAUGGAGAACUUCUAUUUGACCUCUCACCCAUACGAUUGUGAUAAGUACGUCAUAUGUGACUAUGGAGAUGCAGUAGAACAUGCAUGUCCUGAUCACUUUGCCUACAGCCCAGACAUUAGUAUUUGUGUUGCAAAAGGUUUCGAGAAAUGUGUUCUGUCUAGACACUUCUAGACAAAGGGGAUGUAGAUUUGGUAACGACAAUAACUAAAGUUCCCUUCUAUUGGUGAGGCGAAUUUUCUGAAAGCACGAAUUAAAUUUUCUUCAAAAUACCUUGUUUUACUAAAUUCCAUCCCCUUGUACGACCUCAAUUUUGUUGAAUAUGUUGCAAUUGUUCUCAUGUACCAAAAUAGAGAGGAUAGUAAUGCAUUUUACGGCUCU